AUGUCCGAGCGUCCAGAAAUCCCAGCAGGAUACUUGGGAAGCCAACCGAAGUUUUCUGAGCUCCGACUUCAGGCACUGACCCAUGACAACCCAGAACUCACUGUGGAUCAGAACAGUGAGCUAGAAAUCAAAUUUAAAGCACCCAAGCCAGUUAAGGUGACCACCAACCUGCUUCACUGCAAUGGCGACAAGGACGUGAGCGAGUACGUGUUCACGCAGACGAAAGACGGGGUCCUGACCUUCGUCCUGAUGUUCCCGGAAGCUGGAUUCUACAAGUUCCAAAUCUUUGCCCUGGAAGCUUCAGACGAAAGCAAAUCACUGCCAAACGUCUACAACUACUUAAUCUACGUCAAGGAUGCUCUCCGGCAAGCACAUCCGUUCCCCAAGCAGUACGCACAAUGGAAGGAUGGCUGCUACCUCUAUUCCCCUCUGGUGAUGAAUGCCAAAACAAGUCUUGCCAAAGUUGAUUUCAAGGUGUACGUGCCUAACGCCAACGCGGUAGCUGUUGUCGCUGCUGGGGAGUGGACCCAUCUAACGAAGAAAGGCGAGAACUGGGAGGGAACUGUAGGCCUGAGCAAACACCGAGGGAAAGAUGUUAAGGUUACACUUAACGCAAACUUUGGAGCUGAUGAGACCAAGUAUGCUACUUUGCUUGAAUACAUUGUAUAG